AUGUCUUUUAGAAAGAUCGACAUCGAUGCAUAUGACGAGGAUGUCCUACGGGAGGGCGAGCUUUGCGAGCCAGAUACACGGGAUCCCACUCAGAAGCAGGCAGCAGUCCGGAGCACAUUAGCCAGGGGAGACAUACCAGGGUCCCUGGGAAUUGCGCUGGACAGCAUACCUUACGGGCCAAAUGUCGAGGAAGCUAAAAACCUGACGUUGCAGACCGUUGUUUUAAUACUGAAUAGCACGAAAUCGUCGGAGAUACUCAGUGUCGUGAAAGCGCUCUCCCAGGAUGCUCAGGACACAUUGAUGAAGUAUCUUUACAAGGGUAUGGGGAUGCCGGGCUGGGGUGAUGUGAGUGGUAGCGUGCUCUUGGGGUGGCAUGAAAAGCUGACGGAAGUCGCUGACACUGGCUGUAUUGUACGAGUAAUGACUGACCGAAAAAUUGUAUGA